GUGGCGGGGUCCAGUUAGCGAAAGAUGAACAAAAACCACCGAGUGCCGAGCAACCGAACUCUGAGCGCCGUAGAGGUGAAGAGCAAGUUCGGGGCAGAGUUCAGACGCUUCUCUCUGGACCGGUCCAAGCCGGGCCGCUUCGAUGAGUUCUAUGGCCUGCUGCAGCAUGUGCACCGUAUCCCCAACGUGGACCUACUGGUGGGCUACGCCGACAUCCACGGAGACCUGCUGCCCAUCAAUAAUGAUGACAACUACCACAAGGCUAUCUCCACAGCAGCACCCCUGCUCCGCCUCUUUUUGCAGAGGAAAGAGGAGGCCGACUACUCGGCAUUCGGCAACGACACCCUGACGCGCAAAAAGACGCCUGCGUCGCUGGCCGCAGUGCUCCUGCGGCCCGACGCCAACCGGAAGAAGCCGCCCAUCAUCAUCAGCCUGCCGAAGGACUUCCGGCCCGUCUCGUCCAUCAUCGACGUGGACAUCCUGCCCGAGACGCACCGGCGCGUACGUCUCUACAAGCACGGGCAGGAGAAGCCGCUGGGCUUCUACAUCCGCGACGGCUCCAGCGUGCGCGUCACACCGCAGGGCCUGGAGAAGGUGCCGGGCAUCUUCAUCUCGCGCCUGGUGCCCGGCGGCCUGGCCGAGAGCACCGGCCUGCUGGCCGUCAACGACGAGGUGCUGGAGGUGAACGGCAUCGAGGUGGGCUGCAAGUCGCUGGACCAGGUGACGGACAUGAUGAUCGCAAACAGCCACAACCUCAUCGUCACGGUGAAGCCGGCCAACCAGCGCAACAACGUGGUGCGCCACGGCAACAGCAACGGCGCUGCCGGAGCCGGGGCAGCGUCGGGUAGCUCGGGCUGCUCUUCCGACAGCGGUGCCAGUUACUACAGCUACUCGGCGCCGGGCGCCGGGGCCACAACGCCUUCGCACAUUAUCCAGAACUUCCGGCCCGAGGAGGAGAGCGAUGAGGAUGACGAGGACUUGGUGAUCGAGACGCACAGAGACGCCCGGCCGAGCCGGCGGAUGGCGGCCGGGGCGGUGCCCAGCAACAGCAUGCCCUUGCUGCCCAGGUACGAGCCCCACCUUAACCUCCGACCUUCCAACGGGGCCAUAGCCACCAGCGCUAGUGUGGGGUCACUGAGCCCGCCCAGCAAGGUCAUGGACAGGCGGAACCUAGAAGAGGAUGGCACAGUAAUCACACUAUAGAGACGAGAGCGACACCGUGUGGAAUUUAACAGCUGAGAUUUAACAGAGUACACACAGACUACAUACACUGCACAUGCAGUAUACAGUUAACUUCCUAAUUAUUCUUAUGACACGCAAGUAGUCAUCCACAAGCACAAUAUACAGACUUUACUCGCACUCUCAAACACCACACAAACAUCUACAUGCCAACAUCAUCUCAUGUGCCAUAGGACUAAUGAUUUCUACUUUGUGUGAAUCCAACUGGCAAUCCAAGCCUAAAAUGGUGGUCUCCUCUGGAAAGGGCUCCAGCAACCUCAUCACACAACACGUGUCUUCAGCCACAAGAGCACAGUUCCUGAUCUUUUCCACUGGCGGUCAGCACCUCCCUUCACUCCUGAGGGCACAGUAAUGAGUAAUAAAGUACUUGACAUAAUGAGUGUGAAUAAAUGAAUGACUGCACGUCAGCAGGUUUUUCCCCUGCCUGUGGAAUGAUGGAGGAGAACGCUUCUCCUAGGCACAUUAUCAAUGAUGACAAUCGGCUUUCUUUGGGACAACCACUCCCUCUGGAGUCAUGUAACUCGUGUUCAAACCAUGAACAAACUUUGAUGCGUCAUAUGUUCAGUAGUAACUGCUCAGAGGCAGGGAUAUGACAUUAUUAUCUUAAAUGAAGAGAGAGGCGUGGAAACAUGUUUUGAAUUUUUUUCCUGUUGUUUGAUUUGGUUUGCUUCCUGAUGUACUUUUUAAAUUUGUCUUUUCUCAAGAGAAUACUUUUUACUGAAUAGAGAGUAAAAUUAGGAUGCUUCUAAACUAUCAUGGUAAAUGUAGAUUUGAUUAAGAGGUAGGUUAUAACGUGCUGGCUCAAUUAGGAAACUGGCCCUGCUUUAAAUUAUUGCCAAGAACUGAUAUCAACCUCUCCUUUUCUUUUUUUAAAUUUUUUAAAUCGCUUAUCCUCAUGACACAAGGCCUGUAUCCCGGCUCUGUGACAUCUGCUUUGUGUGAUUUGAGGAUUUUUCUUAAUUACAUGUGUGGGACCACCACCUGAUACCUCUUGUCCCUCUCUGUCCUUGACAUUAAUUACAAACCUUGUCAACAUGUGUUUUUUAAAAAAAAAAGUGCGCUCUCAAGUGGAAGGACCAUUUCAGAUGGUGCUCUUUUGUCCCUUAUGUAGCUGGGGAUAUUUGAUGCAACUACUUUAAACCAGUAGAUAUCAGCAUGUACAUAUAGGCUAACCCAGUAGUAACGACUCUAUUGUAUUAACCUUUUAGAAAGGCAGCGGCAUGACGCAUUGUGUGCUGACCACCGAAACCCCUCGCCUGCAGCGGAUUGCCAGGGAUUCUUAUGCCCACGUGCAAUGGGCACAUUGAAAGCUGAACACACUAGACUUAUCAGUUAUAGAUAAACCCAUGGAGAGUGCCUGCUCCCACCCCCAAACCCACUCACACACCUGCAGCUGCUCUCCACAUCUUGGCUCACACACCUUCCCUAAUCCCGCAGCCCUUGGCGCUGUGGCGAGGGGGAUUCUGCCUAACUCUGGGUGGGUAAUAAUGGCUGGGUAUGUUUUUCCUUUAGACUGAGACUAUAUGGCUUGCUAGUGGUUAAAUAAAUGGACCCACUGCAAUGACCAUCAGCCUUUCCAGAAGCAGCACUAUGCCAGCCGACGCAUUCCUUGAUCGUUAGAAUUUACACUAGUCUUGUUCGGAUUGCUCUCGCUUCAGAACUUGCAUUAACAUCGUAUGGACGGGGGUCUGGAGAAUUCAAAUGCAAUAUAACCAAGACACUAGAUUUUACUUUAAUGAAUGUACUAAAACUAGGAGCCGUUUGCUGGAAAACGCAGACUGCUGUGCCUCGUGUACUGUUGACCAACGCUCUUGGAUUUCCAUCCACGGUGCAAUACAGGUAGCCUGGCUCUGCCACUCCCUCGGUUCUUGCCGUCACUGGUCUGUGGGCCUGUAGCAGAAACUCCAGAGAGAGCGGCGAACCCUGAACGACCCAUACCCAUGCGCACUCGGUCGCUUCAAACAGCUUGCUUGACAAAGACUUGCUUUUAAUGGUACACAUACUGUAGUAUGAUGGGGUCGUGACCUAAUGCGCUUAUUCAAAACUGUUCGUUUGUACGAAGCACGAGUGACCUUAUGAAUAGAGCUUUAGAAAGCAUUGUUUAAUUUAUUUUUUAUUCUAACCACUACACCACAAGUUGGGGAUUGUAACCACAAUAAAUGUAUUUAUUUUCUAAUCAAUGCGAUAUGUAUUUGUACUCUCUCUCUUUUUUUUUUUUUUUAAGUUUAAACAUCUUAUGACUUUUAUGGUUGGUUUGUUAUACAUAGUAAAUCAUCUCUACAAGUUGAGGCCACUUAAACAGUUUUUUGCCUCUUUGUUUUAGUGUGAAUUUGCUCAGAUUUGCUGGGAAGUAUAAAUGAAGAUAACAUGCUGUUUUCCAUACUGUGAAUUUCAUUUAAUGUUGACCACCGUACUAAUGGGCCUGUGGGCCUUUGUCCUUUUUUUUGGGGGGGAAGCAAUGAUUUUGUGCUUGCUAGAUAAAUCCUAAGGUAUAGAUUUGUACUGAAAUUAUCAGUAUUUUCAUAUCAAUACUAUAUGAUGUAAAUUUGUAUCGCAUUUAAUGAAACUUUUAAAAGGAUAAAUACUAUUAAGACAUAGGUGCACAUGUAUGCAUAGUCUACAAGCUGGAUGAAAUAAACUAAUGCAUA